CUUCAUAACAGCUUUAAUUCAAACUUUCAAACCCCAUUUCUCUCUUCUCUCUUCCCUCUUCCUUUACCUUUCUAGUUUCUUGCACUUCCUCAUUUUCUGCUUCUGGUGGAAGUUCUCUUCAUUAUCAUGAGUUUCUUUCAGAUCCUUCAACACUCUUAGCUGAUUAACACCAUUGCUCUUCUUAUGCAAAAUAUCACCAAGGCUCAUCAUUGCUAAGCUCAUGAACAAUCUACUUUAGAGUACAACGCAGAAGCCAAGCAGGUGAGACACUUUUAGCUAACAAAUCCUUCUUAGUGCUGUUGUAUCAUUUGCCAUUAUCUAGCAUAUCAAAUGCCAAGAUCAAGGGGAUCUGAUUUGCCUCAGAGGCAGUCUCCAAGAGGUCCACAUCAACUUAGGACAUCAAGUUCUGACUCAGAUCCAUUGCAUCAUCGACCAGUAGCUGACCGAAGUCCAAAGCUAGGAGACCGGCGUUCCCCGAGAGGUACUCAAUCCGAGGCAGUGAAUCAGAAGAAGCUAGGAACUCGAAUUGCGGAUUUGGAAUCUCAGCUUGAUCAAGCGCAAGAAGAAUUGAAGAUUUUAAAGGACCAGCUAGCUUCUGCUGAAGCUGCAAAGAAAGAAGCUCAAGAUGAACUAGUGAAGAAAGCUGAGCAAUCAGUAGUACCAGUGGUAGAGAAGUUCCAAGAGAAGUGCAUUUCAAAGAAUGCUAAAGAAUAUAACAAAACUGAAACCAAACCCCAAGAUGUUAUGCCAGAUGAAAACCAACAAGAGACUGAUGUGUUUGAAGUUCCAAUUGAAAAGGUGGCAAUUGAAUUCAGCCAACCUGCAGAUCAACUAGAAAAGGAAACUCAACCAUUUGAAGACUCAACUCCACCAGCAAUAUCAGAGCCAGAGAAAGAGAAGAAGCCUUCUGUGGAUGAACUGACAUUAAAGAAUGAUGAGAUAGCAUUGUUGAAGUCCGGUUUGGAAGAGAAAGGGAAGGAGCUGGAGUCAAUGAGUAAUGAAAAUGAGAAUUUGAAGAACCAACUGAGUGAAGCAGUUUCAAAAGUAUUGGCUGCUCAAACCAAGGAAGAAGGAAUGAACUCGCAGUUGAACCAACUAGGAGAAGAGUUGAAAGCUAGUAAAGCGAAUGCAGACAAGUUGAAUGAGAAGUUGAAAUCUGUGGAAGUAGAAAAGGAAGCAUUGGAAUCAGAGAUGAAGAAGCUAAGGGUACAGACCGAGCAAUGGAGAAAAGCAGCAGAUGCUGCAGCUGCUGUGCUUGCUGGGGGCAUGGAUAUGAAUGCUAGGAUUCCUGAAAGGUGUGGCUCCAUGGAUAAGCACUUUGGUGGCACAUAUGAGACACCUGCUGGUAGGUACAAUGGAUAUGUUGGGUCUCCUGGUAUGGCUGAUGACUUAGAUGAUGGUUUUGGAGGUGGAAAGAGGAAGAGUUCUGGGAUUAGAAUGUUUGGGGAUUUAUGGAAGAAGAAGGGCCAAAAGUGAUUUCUUUUCUAAUUCAGCGAGUGAAUUUAUAGUACUUUAGCUAUGGUCAUGUUUUGGUGGUAGCAGAAGCUGCAAAAACAGUUGCUUCCUGUUGUGUAUCUUUCUGGUAUCUUAUGUAGUCUUUUCUAGUAUUAUUAAGGCCAUUAAGCGUGUAGUUACUAUUGCAUAAUCUGUGCAAGCUAGGGGUGUGAACUUUUGAAAGAUGGUUUAUAUAUUUCCCUUCUGUCACUGAGAUGAAGGGACUAUUUUCUUGGAAGGACAUGUUUUUAAGCAGAUUUUCCUGUCCGUACUAAUAUGGAGUAAUAUCUUGUA